AUGGCAGGGCUCGAAGUUCCACAACUGCCCAUUCCUGGCGAACCUAGAGGCCAACAACAAGUUUUGGCCGAAACAGCGACCCCAAUAGCUCCACAAACGACCGAACAAAGCGGGAUGGACUUGUAUUUCGACCAAGCUCUGAAUGCUAUGGGCCAGCACCCAGUGCUGACCGGAAUAGGUGGAUUUUUGACACUGUAUUUUGCCGCAGGUGCAUUCAAAACGGUUUCGAGGGCAAUGGGUGGCGGAGCUCCUGGGACCCAGUUUCUGAAAGGUGGAUUUGAUCCUAAGAUGAAUGCACGCGAAGCACUUCAGAUUUUGAACUUAAAGGAGAGUUCCUUAACGCAAAAGAAGCUCAAGGAAGUUCACCGUAGAAUCAUGCUUGCCAACCAUCCGGAUAAGGGUGGAAGUCCGUAUUUAGCCACUAAGAUCAAUGAGGCAAAGGAUUUCCUGGAAAAACGCGGGAUACGUAAAUGA